ACAGCAAGAGAUGAAGGCCGCUCACGUUGUUGUUAUCUUGGCAGCUCUCACAGGAGCAACAACGUGUCUGUUAUACAGAAAACAUAUUUUUGUGAGCACACAGUUGCCUUGGACCAACGCUCAGACAUUCUGCAGACAAAACUAUGUAGAUCUUUCGACCAUUGACUCACAAGAGGAACUAGACAGAUUCAAAAAUGAUGUUGCAGAUCAUCUUUCUGUUCGAAGCUGGAUUGGACUUAACAAGAAACCAGAUGUGAUGAAGUUCGGUCAGUGGUCUGAUGGAAGUGCAUUUGGAUUCACUGCAUGGAAAAGUGGAUCACCAGACAGCCCAUUGACUGAACACUGUGCUUCUAUAUCCAAUGCUGAGUUUUCCGAUUAUACUUGUAUGAACCUUCUAACAUUCAUCUGCUACACAUGGGAACCUACACUGAUCAUGGUACAAGAGAUGAAGACCUGGCAUGAGGCACUGGUUCACUGCAGAACACAAUACACUGAUCUGAUAAGUCUGAGCACAGAAAUUGAUUUUUUAGAAGUCAACAAACUAAUCGAGAAUGUUCAAAAUACUAGUGUAUGGACAGGUCUGUACUUUAUGGACGGCUCUUGGUUUUGGGUGAACAAGGAGCCUCUGAGGAACCCAGUCGCACUGCCUUCAUGUCCCAUCCAACCUCUCCUUUGUGGAGCCAAAGUUGGUGUCAAUAUCUUGGAGAACAGAGACUGCAGGAUAAAAAUGAACUUCAUUUGCUACCACAGGCAAUGAAGGCGAAUUGGUUGACAUCAAUCAAAAGGACAACAAGAUGAAGAAGAAGAAGUGUGUGUGUAUGUGUGUGUGUGUGUGUGUGUGUUUGUGUUUAAAACAAUUAUAAUUUUACUGAAAUUAAGUUUCCUUGAUAUUUCUUGUGAUAUUUACUCCUCAAUAGAUAUUUCCCUAAUUAUUGUAAAUCAUAUUAAUAUGUUGUAAAUGCUGGUUGGUUAUUAGAUCCAAUGUACUGUAUAUGAUAAAACACUGUAAGUCUGUAAAAGUAAGAAGGAUAAGACACACAAAUGUUAUACAUGUUGAAUACAUUUGAUUAUGAACCAUUAAUGUUUACAGCAAUAUACUACAACCUGCCUGAACAAUGCACAAAAUAUUUUUAAUCAUUUUAUCAAAUCUGUCUAAAAACAACACAAAAUAGUUUAUUUUUAUUUUUAAAAACAGAUCAUUCUUUCUCAGUUUGAUUCAGCAUGGUAGAUUUAGAAAACAUUCAAAUUUGUACACUUAGGAAGUGCCAUCUUAAUAUGAAAACAAGAUCCUUGGUAAGAGAGCCAUUUAAGAAACCUCAUUUUACCUGCAUUGUUAAAAGGUCUAUCUAUCUAUCUAUCUAUCUAUCUAUCUAUGUUAGGUACCCUAUUUUUUAUUACAAACUUUGCUAUAGAUAUUUAUUUUAUGACUUCUACAUUAUUGAGUCAGUACAAAAACAUGUUAGAUUUUUGAGAAGUGAUGUUAUCUGUUAAAUAAAAGAAAUAAUUGCUGACUAAUAACAAUUAUUGUCCUACCUUUUCUGUUUAGGGUUUUAUGCAUUUGCUUCCAGAAAUGUUGCUUUGUUUCUGAACUUGUGCAUAUGUUUCCUUAAAAUGUAUGUUGUUUCAGGUUUUUUAAUUUUUUUUUUUUCUCUCAAAAUGUUGCCAAUGUAUUUUGGUUUUGUUAAUUUGGUUACCAAAUUGUUUUGUUUGUUGUGCAAUUCACCAGCAUUGUAAGGAAGAAUAAGUUCAUCCAAAAUGUCUAAACAAAUAAAUUUGCCCCUAAUUAACAGACAGUUUCCUUUUGACUUAUGUAUCCCAGUAUAAUGUAUUAUAUAUUACAAAUUAUUACACACAUAUAGUAAAAUAGACAUCUAUUUUAUAUACAUAGUCCAUCUUCAUUCCUCUCUUUCUCUUCUCCCUCCAUCUCAGUCACUCGCAAGGUGAAGCAAUCUUUUGAUGUAGGAUUCUACCUCUUGAUCUGUUGCUGUGAGCCUGUUGUUUCUGACAGUCCCUAAAAAUAGAGAACAUUGUAAAGCCAUGGAUGGAUUACACAACUUUUAAAAUCGUAGGACCCAAUCUGGGCACCCAAGCAUCAGCCAAAUGCAUGGCGUGCUGUGCCCUGCACAUGGUUUGCUGGCACCAUUCUGCCAUGGCCAAGGAUGCCC